CGCCUCGCGGCCACCCCGUACGUACCACGGCACGGCUGCACGGCCGAUGGCGUACCCCGCCGCGCCGCACACGAGCGCGGCCUUCCUCGCUAGCUUCGCGACGCCGCUCCCCGCGCGCCGCGCCUCGCCCCCGACCCGGCGCCGCGCGGUGUCGGUCGCCGCCAUCGCCACCACCACCACCUGCGUCUUCGCCGACGCCCCCCGUGGGAUCAAGGAGGAGCAGGCGGACUCGGGCGCCCAGGCGGCGGCGGCUGCGGCUGCGCGGAGGGACGUCAGCCCGGACACCGUGGCCUCCAUCAUCCUCGGCGGUGGCGCCGGCACGCGCCUCUUCCCGCUCACGCGUACAAGGGCCAAGCCCGCGGUGCCCGUCGGGGGAUGCUACAGGCUCAUCGACAUCCCGAUGAGCAACUGCAUAAACAGCAAGAUCAACAAGAUCUACGUCCUCACCCAGUUCAAUUCCCAGUCUCUCAAUCGCCACAUCGCAAGGACAUACAACUUUGGUGAGGGAGUUGGAUUCAGUGGCGGGUCUGUGGAGGUGCUGGCAGCUACCCAAACAGCUGGGGAAUCAGGAAAGAAAUGGUUCCAGGGAACAGCAGAUGCUGUCAGGCAGUUCCUCUGGCUUUUUGAGGAUGCAAGACUCAAAUGUAUAGAAAACAUACUGAUUCUGUCUGGUGAUCAUCUGUAUCGGAUGGAUUACAUGGAUUUUGUGCAGAAGCAUGUUGACUCUGGUGCUGAUAUUUCAGUUGCGUGUGUUCCAAUGGAUGAAAGUCGGGCAUCUGAUUUUGGAUUGAUGAAGGCCGACAGGAAUGGGCACAUCACUGAUUUCCUUGAAAAGCCCAAGGGUGCAGAUUUGGAAUCAAUGCAAGUGGACAUGGGAUUGUUUGGAUUAUCCCCAGAGUUUGCAAGUACGUACAAAUACAUGGCUUCAAUGGGAAUAUAUGUAUUCAAGGCAGAUGUUCUCAGAAAGCUUCUGAGAGGCCAUUAUCCUACAGCUAAUGAUUUUGGCUUAGAAGUGAUUCCAAUGGCUGCAAAAGAUUAUGAUGUGCAGGCUUAUUUGUUUGAUGGUUACUGGGAAGAUAUUGGAACAAUAAAGUCUUUCUUUGAAGCAAACCUUGCUCUCACUGAUCAGUCUCCCAACUUCUAUUUUUAUGAUCCCGUGAAGCCUAUUUUUACAUCUCCUAGAUUUUUACCCCCAACCAAGGUAGAAAACUGCAAGGUUUUGAACUCUAUAGUUUCACAUGGCUGCUUUCUAACUGAGUGCAGUGUUGAGCACUCUGUCAUUGGUAUCCGCUCAAGGUUAGAACCGGGAGUGCAGCUCAAGGACACCAUGAUGAUGGGGGCAGAUUACUACCAGACUGAAGCUGAGAGAUUAUCUGAGCUGUCUGUUGGAAAAGUCCCAGUCGGUGUUGGAGAGAACACUAAAAUAAGGAACUGUAUCAUUGAUAAAAAUGCUCGAAUUGGAAAGAAUGUAGUCAUUAUGAACUCUGAGAAUGUGCAAGAAGCAGACAGGCCAGCUGAAGGAUAUUACAUUCGUUCUGGGAUAACUGUGGUGCUCAAGAAUGCAGUAAUUCUGAAUGGUACAAAAAUUUAGAAGAUUAUAGAAUUAUCUGCAGAAUACCAAUCCCUCAGUGAAGAGCACACCAUUGAAGCCCACAGCAGAGUUCUACGACGCAGAUGCAGUCAAUAAAACCCCAAUAGCACAAAAGAUUAGGAGACUGUCGAUGCAGCUAAAGAAGUGUGGAUAUAGGCAUGGAGCACCUGCAACACGCCAACGGUACGGCCAAACCAUGAGCAUGAGGCCAUUUCACGUCCUUUCAUAAGCCUCGGCUAGUGCCGGCGCGCGCAGGGUAUCUUUUGUUCCUUUUUUCUAGCAGUAAUUUACGUGAAGUGUCUGUACAUGUAGAGGGAGAGAUAGGGUACAAGUACGAGAGAGCAUGUUAUAGUACCUACUCUUAUUAUUUGUUUAUUUAUUGUUGUGCCGAAGAACGACCCGU